GCUAAACCAAUCAGCGUUCACUUAGCAGCACCGCUGCGCUCCAGACUGUUACAGAACACCAGGUCGGUGUUAAAGUCAUGAACUUCAAUAACUUCUUCACGUCCAUCUGUUAAGAGCUCACAGCUGGCACGGGGCCCUCCCGGGUCUCUGUGCGGGCGACACCGCGCGUCUUCCCCGCUCACCAACGGCAACAUACCGGGGUCACUAACACUUUGCAGCCGAUGCUUGCGCCGUUGCACGUUUCUCCCUCCGCAGACUGACACAAGGUUGUGCGUGGACCUGGUAGCCCUUCAGCCAUGCCUGUGACAUCUCAGCUGCUCAGGGGUUUCCCCCGUGCGAAGGUCUUAGCCUCCAGCCUGUUACCAUGCCAACAACACCAGGCCCAGUCAGGACCCGCCGCUCACCGACCCCGUUCAGGACGUCCGUCCCGUAUGUGGCAGGGCCACCAGCACUCCCGAAGCUACCGGACAACCACAGUGCUCGGCAGCUACAUCCUCACCCCCCCGCAGGUCAACUCCAUUCUGAAGGCCAACGAGUACAGCUUCAAGGUGCCUGAGUUUGAUGGGAAGAAUGUGUCGUCGGUGAUGGGUUUUGAGAGCAAUCAGCUGCCGGCCAACGCUCCUAUAGAGGACCGCCGAAGUGCGGCCACGUGUCUGCAGACACGAGGGAUGCUGCUGGGUGUGUUUGAUGGCCAUGCUGGCUGUGCCUGUGCACAGGCGCUGAGUGAGCGGUUGUUUUACUACAUUGCCGUGUCCAUGCUGCCGCACAACACACUGUGUGAGCUGGAGGCGGCGGUGGAGGCCGGCCGGCCCCUCAGUCCCAUCCUGCAGUGGCACAAACACCCCAACGACUACUUCAGCAAGGAGGCUCAGACUCUCUACUUCAACAGCCUGCGGACCUACUGGCAGGAGUUAAUAGAUCUCACCAGCCCGGGUGAUAUUCCCGAAACCCGCGAGGCGCUGCUGAAUGCCUUCAAGAGGCUGGACAGUGACAUUUCCCUGGAGGCUCAGGUUGGUGACCCAAAUGCUUACCUGCAUUACUGGGUCCUGAGAGUGGCCUUUUCUGGAGCGACGGCCUGUGUGGCUCACAUCAAUGGAUCAGACCUGUUUAUAGCCAACUCGGGCGACGCUCGGGCGGUGCUGGGGGUGCAGGCGGAGGAUGGUUCGUUCAGCGCUCACACACUCUCUAAUGACCACAGCGCCCAGAAUGAGGAAGAGGUGGCUCGGAUACGCGCUGAACACCCUCCGUCAGAGAGAAAGACCGUGAUCCGACAGGACCGUUUGCUCGGCCUCCUCAUGCCACUACGGGCGUUUGGGGAUGUGAAGUUCAAGUGGAGUAUCGAACUGCAGAAGGGCGUGUUGGAGUCCGGACCGGAUCAGCUCCAUGAAAACGAGCACACCAAGUUCAUCCCUCCCAACUACCACACGCCCCCCUACCUGACCGCCGAGCCGGAGAUCACGUACCACAAACUGCGUCCACAGGAUCGCUUCAUGGUCAUCGGCUCUGAUGGCCUCUGGGAGACCCUCCACAGACAGGAAGUGGUUCGUAUUGUCGGCGAGUAUUUGACCGGGGUGCACCUGCGUCAGCCCCUCAAAGUCGGAGGCUACAAGGUCACCCUGGGGCAGAUGCAGGGGCUGCUCGAAGAGAGGAAGGCCCGCAUAUCUUCGGCUUUCGAGGAUCAGAACUCGGCGACCCACCUGAUUCGUCAUGCGGUGGGAAACAACGAAUUCGGCACGGUCGACCACGAGAGGCUGUCAAAAAUGCUGUCGCUGCCCGAGGAGCUGGCUCGCAUGUACCGCGACGACAUCACCAUCAUCAUCUCUCAGUUCAACCCUCACGUGUUUGGAGCACAGAGGCCAGAGGCGCAGUGCUGAGUUGUAUAAAAGGUCCUGCGGGAGGAGGGCGCACUCUGGUGUAACUGUGUACAUUACACACGGGGACCCUCUGCGGACAAAAAGGUCAUACUAAGAAAACAUCUGUCCAGCAGCCGGAAGAAUUGUUUUAACUUUAAAUAUAUAAAUAAUUUGUAUGUUUGUAUGCAGUGCUAGAGGAGGCCCUGCUUCCUCAUGAAGGUAAAGUAUCUUCCCUAGAUUGAAGUGUCAUAUAUAUAUAUAUAUAUAAUUAGUACAACAUAUAGUACAUCAAGUUCAAAUCUGCGUCGCUAAAAAGACGCUUGUUACAGUUUUCCGCGAAAAGUGUCAACUUCCUUUCAUUGCUGAAAGACGAUGCAGGGUUGACACCAUCCAGAGAAGAUGGUGAGUCGGGUCUUAGGAAGUAAAAAGGUUGCAGUUCAGGACGUCCCGACUGGACCCGCUUCUCUUGCCAUUUGAUUGCCAACGCUCUCCUCUCGGGGGUUAUUUGCAUCCCGGGCACAUUUCGUCUUACUUUCUAUACUGAGUCUGUUACAACUGGGGACUGUUGCAUCUGUAUGUUUUUACUCCUUCAUUGUAUGAUAUAGUUGUACUGUCCAAACGUAAACAUUUAUACUUAAGGCUGUGGGUAUAUAGAUGAUGAUGACGACGCACUGGCUUUCAGG